AUGGGGGUAACGAUAGUUGGUCUAUGCGCUAUACCACCCGAGAAAACUAGCCAGCAAGUUAUUGACGUACUUGUUAAACGACUAACCAAUCUUUUCGCUGAUGUAGUUGGCGUAUGGUCUUUAGAUUUUGAACACUAUCAAGCAAAUACAGACUCGCUGUCUUCUAAAAAUGUGGUCUAUUCCCUUGCUUGGAGUGAUAAUAAUACAAAAUACAUCAUGCAUAACAACGAUGAUGGUCAAAUUGUGCCCAUGGAGUCAGCUGAUGAAUUUACAGAUAAUAUCAAAAAUUAUACUCUCAGAAAAUCCCUAAAAGCGCAUGGCCAGACAUUACUACUUGGAGAUUUUAUCGUUAAACUUAGCUCCAUAGUCGGUGGCCAUACAUCCUUGACUGAUAUUGUCAUUGAAGCGAAUUACAAGCCUUGUUCUCAUGUUGGUGUGUGUUGGAAUUUAUUGCAUGAAUUUUGUAAAAUAUUAACGGAAUCUUACGAGUUAUCACUACCAGAAACGCCACCGCUUAAUAUUUUAGGAGAUGGAACAUUUGACAAAUCUCAAACUGCUACUCAGUAUGCUGAUAUCUUCAUAAAUCAUAAGAAAGCAGUUACCAAAUCGUUAUAA